AAAAAAAGAAGAAAAGAUCUACUGGAACCUGUUUUUUUUUUUUUCCCUUCUUUUAUCCCACCCUACGUAUAAUACUUACUGCACUUCCUGCCGUGUUGCUUGCUGUACUAGUUAGUACUCUCAACUGUACAGCUAAUCCUCCCUCGAUUCCUGGGUCAUUCACUCCCAAAACCCUUCCUUCCCUCCUUCCUACUUCCGCUAUUAUCUAUCUCCUCCCUUCCUUCCUCAUUCCUCCUUCUUCCUCGCUUAUUUGCUCUACACUAACUGCAACCCACCUAAUUGAUUCGCGCUGGUUGCUUCUCUCGACUUGACACGUCUAUUCUUUUCCCACCCUCCCCACUCGACCAAGACUGCAGGUCAAUUCAGGAUACCGUGGCCUCCGUCAUUGUCUUUAACCUUUCCUCCGAAACGGACAUUGACGUGCUGCAAAAAAGAAUUGUCCUAUCGCUGAAUUGAGUCCAUUGACUCUCCAGAAACCCCUCCCAAGACCAGAUUCACCAUGACUUCGCGCUUUUCUCGCAGACUCGUGAAACCCCUCCUCUACACCUCGGCUGCUGCGGCAGCAGGUGCUGGUGUUCUAUACAUUUCCUAUCGCCCUCGCAAUAUUCCUGGAUUGGAAGCUCCCGCAGUGCCCCCGCCGGGCUACCGUGAAGGAAAACUGAUUCCGCCUAGUUUCCCUGUGAUCAAGUCCCGCUUGGAGCAGAUUGAAGAACUCAAGCGCCAUUCGAGCAAUGAUAACGAUUACGACCUCCUUGUCAUUGGUGGUGGUGCCACAGGAUCCGGUAUUGCCCUCGAUGCUGCAACUCGAGGAUUGAAGGUGGCCAUUGUCGAAAGAGAUGACUUCAGUGCCGGUACCAGUAGCAAGAGUACAAAACUUGUGCACGGUGGCGUCCGUUAUCUAGAAAAGGCUGUUUGGGAUAUGGAUUAUAACCAAUACAAACUCGUUAAGGAAGCCUUAAGAGAACGGAAAUACUUCUUGAACACUGCUCCCCACCUUUCGAACUGGCUCCCGAUUAUGGUCCCUGUGCAAAAGUGGUGGCAAGCACCGUAUUUCUGGGCCGGUACCAAAUUCUAUGACUAUCUGGCCGGUUCGGAAGGAAUUGAGAGCUCUUACUUCCUCACCAAGAGUAAAGCGAUUGAUGCAUUCCCCAUGUUGAGAAGAGACAGUGUGAUUGGUGCCAUGGUUUACUACGAUGGUGCUCACAAUGAUUCGCGCAUGAACGUCUCUCUCGCCAUGACGGCUGCGCUGUACGGUAGUACCGUUGUCAACCACAUGCAGGUCACUGGUCUGACCAAGGACGCGUCUGGUAAAUUGAAUGGUGCUCGCGUCAAGGAUGUCAUUCCCGGAAAGGGUGGUCCGGAGGCUGAAGAAUUCACCGUUAGGGCCAAGGGCAUCAUCAACGCAACUGGCCCCUUCAGUGAUUCCAUCAGAAAUAUGGACGAGCCUGGUAUCAAGGAGAUAGUGGCCCCCAGCUCUGGUGUCCACGUCAUCCUUCCCGGAUACUACAGUCCUGCCGACAUGGGUUUGAUUGAUCCGUCUACAUCCGAUGGUCGUGUUAUCUUCUUCCUUCCCUGGCAAGGAAACACCAUUGCCGGUACGACCGACCAACCCACAGAGAUCACGCCUCAACCUGAACCAUCGGAACAUGAUAUCAACUGGAUUCUCAAGGAGAUCCGUGGAUACUUGGCUUCUGAUAUCAACGUUGAGCGGAGCGAUGUCCUCGCUGCAUGGUCCGGAAUUCGUCCCUUGGUUCGCGACCCCAAGGUGAAGAGCUCGGAGGCAUUGGUCCGUAACCAUCUCAUCACUGUCUCUCCCUCCGGUCUGUUGACCUGCGCUGGUGGAAAGUGGACCACCUACCGCCAGAUGGCCGAAGAAGCGGUAGAUGAAGCGGUUGACGUGUUCGGCCUCAAACCCCGUCACAUGUCGGAUGUUCCUGACAUCAGCGGUGUCGGAGGCAGUGGCCUCGUCUCGGACGGUGCGGUUCUCGAUGGAUCUUGCCAAACCCACCAGGUCCGUCUUAUUGGUGCACACGGUUUCUCUAAGACUCUCUUCAUCAACCUGAUUCAGCACUUCGGACUUGAAACCGACGUGGCCAAGCAUCUUACCGAGUCCUACGGUGACCGUGCUUGGCAAGUUGCGGCCCUGUCAUCCCCUACUGAGAACCGUUUCCCCGUUCGGGGCAAGCGCAUUUCCGCAUUGUAUCCCUUCAUUGACGGCGAGAUCCGCUAUGCCGUCCGUCAUGAAUAUGCCCAGACCGCCGUUGACGUCCUUGCUCGUCGGACUCGCUUGGCAUUCCUGAACGCCGAGGCAGCCCUCGAAUCGCUUCCCAACGUGAUCGACGUGAUGGGUGAAGAGCUGAAGUGGAAUUCUCGUCGAAAGGACGUUGAAUUUAAGGAAUCGAUCCACUUUCUUUCUUCGAUGGGUCUUCCCAAGACUUUCCUUGACAUGUCUAGAAACGAUGUCGAAGGUGGUAAGGUCAAGGAUGUCGAGAUUGCCGAGCGAAAGACAUUCUCCAGAACUGAACCCCCGGCGGACAUGUUGGAACCUGAUGUGCAGCUGAGCAUCGCAGGCCCCAAAGCGGCAGUCUCCAAAGAGACAACCCCGGAGUCGCCCAAAGGAAUUAACCCUGAAUCCCCAGCAAACAAAUAGAUAUGCUAUAGAAUGAUCUCUGUAUAAAUAAUUCAACUUGUAUUAUCUUCAGUUUCGUUUAUCCCAUGUUUAUAUCCAAUUUCUCUUGCGUUUUGCAGAGUUUGGCCUGACUGCAAGGAAUCGGAGAACAAGACAAGGAGUCUACCCACUGCUAGGGCAGUCGAUGUUACUCCUUCAGGCAGGUGUGAUUGCCCAGGCCACCUUCCCUAUGACUCCUUUCUUGCCCCUUACCUCGCUUCCUUCAUGUCCAUUACGAACAUACAACAGCUCAUUGACAGCAAGCAUCCAGAACAUAUCUCAUGUGUCUUUUUUCCCACUAGGUUCCUCUGCUUUUGUCG